AUGGAUCCUCGGAGCGGAAAGGCGACGCGGACAGCUUCCAAGGCGGGAGCCGCCACCUCCAAGAUUUCAGCGCAGAGCGCGAAGGGCGCCCCGGCGAAGCGCACCCCGGCGAAGCCCACCCCGGCGAAGCCCACCCCGGCGAAGCCCAUCGAGCGUCCCGUUGUCCCCGAAGCUGCCCAGCCCAAUGAGCAGGAAUGCAGCUCCACCGGAGCGUCGGGAAACCAGCAGAGGAAGAGCGCCCCGGGCUCCCGGGAGAGACCGCAGGGACGCGCGCGGGGUGCGCGCUCCGAGAAGGCCCCGCUGAGCAGUGAGGACACAGUCGACGGGCACACGGAGCCGGCCGCGGAUCCCGGGACGCUCCUUCCCAGGGCUGGAUCUCGCCGAAAAGGGGGUGCGCGCACCGACAAGGCCCUGCUGAGUAGUGAGGACAUGGUUGACGGGCACACGGAGCCGGCCGCGGAUCCCGAGCUGCCCCUUCCCAGGGCUGGAUCUCGCCGAAAAGGGGGUGCGCGCUCCGAGAAGGCCCUGCUGAGUAGUGAGGACAUGGUUGACGGGCACACGGAGCUGGUCGCGGCUCCCGGGCCGCCCCUUCCCAGGGCUGGAUCUCGCCCAAAAGGCGGUGCAUGCGCCAAGAAGGCGCCUCUGAGCGCCCAGGUUGCCUUGGAUGGGCAGGUAGGCCUGGCUCAGGAGCUGGACUCGCCCCUUCCCAGAGCUGGAUCUCGCCGAAAAGGGGGUGCAUGCGCCAAGAAGGUCCCGCUGAGCAGUGAGGACACGGUCGACGGGCACACGGAGCCGGCCGCGGAUCCCGAGCUGCCCCUUCCCAGGGCUGGAUCUCGCCUAAAAGGGGGUGCGCGCACCGAGAAGGCCCUGCUGAGUAGUGAGGACACGGUCGACGGGCACACGGAACUGGCCGUGGCUCCCGAGCCGCCCCCUCCCAGGGCUGGAUCUCGCCGAAAAGGGGGUGCAUGCGCCAAGGUCCCGCUGAGCAGUGAGGACACGGUCGACGGGCACACGGAGCUGGCCGCGGCUCCCGAGCCGCCCCUUCCCAGGGCUGGAUCCGCGCGCUCCGCUGGGGAGCGGAGACCUCCGUCCAGACCAACGGAGGACGCUGGCCAGGACCCGCUGGCUGCAGCCUCUAGUCUGGGCGGGCGGGAGGCCGUGCCUGGCGCCUGCAAGCUCGGGGCGGUGGUGAAGAAGUUGAAGCUACGCCGCACAGAAAUCUCAGAAGCCGCGAUGGUUGUAAACCAGCUCGAGGACCACCUGCUACGAGGACUGAAGAGCGGCCAGUCGGAGUUUAAAGAUGUCGAGGUGCUACACACUGGGAGCUACUACGAGCAAGUGAAGGUUUCUGCUCCUAAUGAAUUUGACAUUAUGUUUAAACUGGAUGUCCCCAGAAUUCAGCUAGAAGAAUAUUGCGACAGUGGUGCUCAUUACUUUGUGAAGUUCAAAAGAAACCCCAAAGGAAAUCCUCUGAAUCAGUUUUUAGAAGGGGAAAUAUUAUCAGCUUCUAAGAUGCUGUCCAAGUUUAGGGAACUCAUUAAGAAAGAAAUUAAAAAUAUGGAAGGUAUGGAUAUCAUUGUGGAGAAGAAGAAGAAGGGGUGUCCUGCUGUAACACUUCUUAUUAAAACACCUAAAGAAAUAUCUGUGGAUAUAAUCUUGGCUUUGAAAGUACAAAGCAGCUGGCCACAUAGCACCCAGGAAGGCAUGCCCAUUGAAAACUGGCUUGGAGGAAAAGUUAAGAAAAGUCUAAAAUUACAGCCAUUUUACCUGGUACCUAAGCCUGCAAAGGAAGGAAAUGUUUUUCAAGAAGAAACAUGGCGGCUAUCCUUCUCUCACAUUGAAAAGGCCAUUUUGAAAAAUCAUGGAGACUCUAAAAAAUGCUGUGAAAGUAAGGGAGUGAAAUGUUGCAGGAAACGCUGUUUACAACUAAUGAAAUAUCUUUUAGAAAAAUUGAAAGAAAAGUUUGAAGACCGAAAGGAACUUGGUGAAUUCUGUUCUUAUCACGUGAAAACUGCCUUCUUUCAUGUAUGUGCCCAGAACCCACAUGACAUUCAGUGGCGAGACAACCUGGAGAUCUGCUUUGAUAGAUGCCUGGAAUACUUUCUUCAGUGCCUCAAGACACAAUGUCUUAAGAAUUUUUUUAUUCCUGUAGUCAAUCUAUUCUCUCAAGAUAAAAUUAACAGCAUAAGUAAAGAAUUCCUGUUAAAGGAAAUUGAAUAUGAAAGAAACAAUGGAUUUCCAAUUUUUGGUGAAUUUUGA